AUGAUAAUUUAUAGUUUUUCAAUAAUUUAUAUUAUAACAUUUUUAUUUAAUGAAAUUACUGGAAAUACUAUAAUUAUUCCACAAACUACAAUUGAUAAAGUACCAUUAUCAAAAUCAUCAUGUAAUAUAAUUGAAGAAGGAAUUGCUAUAAAUUGUAGUGCUAAUUUAUUAGAUUAUGUUGAUAUUAUGAAAGUUUCACUUCAUCCAUAUUUAAGUGAUAUUGAUAUUAUAUGUGAAAAAUUAAACAUUUAUAAAAAAUGUUCAAAAAAUAUUAGUAAAAAUUGUUUAGAAUCUAUAGCACCAAAACAAGUACAUCUUUUUGAAUAUCUUUGUCAAUUUCCAGUUAAAGAUUCUAUACUUGCUGAAAAAAAUUGUUUUAUGAAGGUAAAAAAUGAAGAAUAUAUGAAAAAUUGUUUAAAUAAUAUAACAUAUGUUUAUAAUUCAUCAACUUCAAAUUCACUUUUUAAUUAUGAUAAUGGUGUUCAUUCAAAUUUUACCAUAAAUAAUGAUGAAGGAAAAGAUGAAAUAUGUAAAAUUAUUAAAAGUACAUCUAAAUGUUAUACUCAAAGCAAAUUUUUAAAAGAAUGUUCUAAAGCAAGUAAUGUAGAACAUGAUAUUUUAACAUUUAUUUCUGAUAAAAUUAGUCAAAAAGGUAAUUGUGGUCUUGAGGUAUUCAAUCAAAUUUUAAGAAAAUUUGAAGAAAUAGAAUUAGAAAAAAGUAUUGGUACAUGUAAUGAAAAUGGAACAUGUACAUGUAUUAAAGGAUAUCGUGGAAAUAAUAAAACAAUGAGUUGUGAAGAUAUAGAUGAGUGUAUUGAAGGAAAACAUUUUUGUUCACAAAAAUGUAUUAAUACAAAAGGAUCUUAUAUAUGUAGUUGUUAUGAAAAUUUAUUUAAACUUGGAGAAGAUGGUCAUUCAUGUCAUCUUAUUGAUGAAGAAACACAACCAUGGCUUUUCUUUGCCCAUGGACAAAGUAUUUGGAAUAUUUCUGAUGAUGGAAAAAAUUUUCAACUUCAACGAUCUGGUUUACAAAAAGCAGCUAUGAUAGAUGUUGAUAUUAAAAAUAAAAAAAUAUUUUAUGUUGAUAUAGAAACAAAAAUAAUUGAAAAAAUUGAUAUUGAUGGAGCAUUUCCUGAAUCUGUUCAAACUUUUGAAGUUGAUGGUGUUGAAGGAAUAGCUGUUGAUUGGAUUGCCAGAAAUUUAUAUACUGUUAGAAAAUCUGAUAUGUUUGUUCAAACACUUGAUGGAAGAUUUAGAAGAAGAUUAUAUAAAAAUAUUUUUACAACACCAAGAGCUCUUGCCUGUCAUUCAUUAAUUGGUAAAGUAUUUGGUACUGAUUGGUCAUCAAAUGCUUUUAUUGCAUCUGCAAAUAUGGAUGGAAGUAAUUUUAAAAAAAUUAUAACUGAUGGAAUUGUAUGGCCAAAUGCUUUAACAAUAGAUAUUUAUAGUAAUAAAAUAUAUUGGGCUGAUGCAUUUUUAGAUACAAUACAAUCAGCUAAUUUAGAUGGAUCAUUAAGAAAAACAAUUAUUUCUGAUCCAGCCUCUGUACCACAUGUAUUUGGUAUGACAAUUUAUAAUGAUUAUAUUUAUUGGACUGAUUGGACUUAUAGAGGAAUUUUAAAAGCAAAUAAAAAAGAUGGUAAUAAUGUUACAGUACUUGCACAGACAGCACUUUUACCAUAUUCAAUAAAAAUAUAUCAUAAAUCUGUACAACCUGAAAUAAAAAAUCCAUGUGAUGAAAUGAAAUGUUCACAACUUUGUUUAUUAAAAGAAAAUGCUACAUCUGCUGUAUGUAGUUGUAGUGAUGGAUUUACACUUAGUGAUGAUGGUAAAACAUGUAAUUCUAAUUGUGAUAAUCAAACUGAAAUACUUUGUGGAGGAAGUGAUCCUCGUUGUAUAAGUAAACGUUAUUUAUGUGAUGGUGUUGUUCAUUGUAAAGAUUCAAAAGAUGAAGAAAAUUGUGAUCCAAGAUUAUGUCUUCCAAAUCAAUUUCAAUGCCAUGACAACAAAAAAUGUAUUUCUGAAAAAGAACUUUGUAAUGGUAUUUCUGAAUGUUUAGAUAACUCUGAUGAAUUGUAUUGUUCAAGUAAAUAA